AUGCACUGGAAAUCAUGGGAUAAGGUUUGCCUAGAUAAGGAAGACGGUGGGCUGGGAUUCAAGGAAAUAGCUGAUUUUAAUACAGCAAUGUUGGCUAAGCAGUUAUGGAGACUCAUAGAGAAGCCAAAUGCGUUAUUCUCUCGGGUUUUUAAAGGACGGUACUUCAGGAAUGCCUCACCCCUGGACCCGAUUCGUUCAUACUCCCCGUCUUAUGGCUGGCGGAGUAUUUCUUCAGCUAGAUCUCUGAGGUUGGAUAGAGAGAGAUGGCACUUCAAUCAAAAUGGAAAAUACUCGGUCAAGUCUGGUUAUCAAGUGGAAAGAGUGUAUCCUGAUGUCGCAAAACCUCCACAGGUGUUGGGACCCACGGUAGAUGUUCUUAAGGCACACUGGUGUAUAGCAGUGAGGAAAAAUUUACAUGCUAGAGGUCUUACAGGGGAUAUAUGUUGUGAUAGAUGUGGUGCUCCAGAGGAAUCAAUUAAUCAUGUAUUCUUUGAAUGCCCUCCGGCACGCCAAGUUUGGGCUUUAUCCCAGAUACCAUCUAAUCCAACAAUUUUCCCAACUGAGUCUCUCUACACGAAUAUGGAUCAUCUAUUUUGGAGAGUUUUACCAAAAAUGGAUGAUCAUCAUUUUGCAUGGAUUUUAUGGUAUAUUUGGAAAGGAAGGAACAACAAGGUCUUCAGUAACUUGGAUAUUGAUCCUAGUGAAACACUGAAAAUAGCAGUAACAGAAGCAAAAAUACGGGAAGAUGCACAAUCGGUAGCUACCUCGGUAAUUGACCGGCCAAUUCCGGAUUUACCGGUAAUACCAGGCAGAUGGUGUUUCAUUGAUGGUUCUUGGAAGGACAAGGAAGUUUACUCUGGCCAAGGAUGGUAUAGCACUCUUCAAGGAUUUGCUGGAUUAAUGGGGGCAAGGAAUGUCCGUGCUUCUCUAUCUCCUUUUCAUUCUGAGGUGGAAGCAUUAAUUUGGGCAAUGGAGUGUAUGAGGAAUUUGCAUCAAUUUAGGGUUACAUUUGCAACAGACUGUUCUCAAUUGGUAAAGAUGGUGUCGGAACCAGAGGAAUGGCCUGCUUUUGCAGCUUAUCUAGAAGAUAUCAAGACCUUGCAAAACAAUUUUCACAGCUCAGAUAUCAUUUAUGUAUCACGCACACACAAUCGGAAGGCCGACGGACUAGCACGUGGGGCUAGAACUCAAGCGUCUUUUGUUGUGCACAUGGAUGAAAAGCCACCAACCUGGUUUACAGAGUCUGUAUGA